AUUGAAACAGGAACUGUCAUAUUGAGAGAAAACAAGGUCAAAAGUUCGAAGACCUCUUACAUGUGCAUUUUUAUGCGAGAAGAGACAAUUUCCAUUUGAUAACGAAUAGAGUUGUCAACGCUUACAGAAGAAUAAUCCGAUACUACUGACCAAAAUACUUCUAGUCAUCCGAUGACGCGGUAUCGACAGGUGGGGAAGAUUCAAGGAAGGGAGACCUUUAGAGCGAAAGAGCGAGAGAAAGAAAGAAAGAGACAAAGAAUGGAGGAACAAAACGGUAACCCGGGUGGCAAAAUCACCGCGGAUCGACCAUCAGCAGGCGUCGAUCAUCAGUUCUCGAAACGUACGCGUCGCGAAAAGACAUCCCCAAAAUGCGCGCGCUCGUGCCUGUGACAAUCUUCGCCGCGAUCCUGGUGACAUGGGGUUGCGCUCAUAUAAUUACCUGGAGGGAGGUGCGACGAGAAGGGCCGAUUCGCGAUGCUAUCGAGAGCGGCGCCGCCGCCGAGUACAACAAGGACGAUUGCAUCUGGAGGCGAGGAAACGACCGGGAUGUCUGUCCCGAUCCGGACGUACAAGUAUAUCUUUACACGCCUGGUCGAUCACGAGUGAUCCUGGAUCCCUUGGAACAGUCUGAUUGGCUGCGUCAGGAUUAUGAGCCCACCAGAGACAAUGUGAUCCUUAUUCACGGAUACGCAGGUGGUGAUGAUACGUUGCCGAUCACGAUUCUACGCGACGCUUACCUGAGAAAUGGCAGCUACAACGUCUUCCUGGUCGAUUGGGGUGCGUUAUGCGCACGACCGUGUUAUCCGGCUGCAGUGGCGAAUAUACGAUCGGUAGCGAAGUGUCUCGCCGGCACUCUGACGAUCUUGAGGAACCUUGGCUUGCAGAUCGCAAAGACCACCUGCAUCGGGCAUUCCUUAGGCGCUCACGUCUGCGGUAUCAUGGCCAAUUAUCUGCUCUUCAGAAUGUACAGGAUAAUCGGCUUGGAUCCCGCUCGUCCGCUUCUCCGACCAGGCUUGAUGAACCGUUUGGAUGCCGGUGACGCUGACUUCGUCGAGGUGAUACACACCAACGCCGGAUAUUACGGCGAGGUCGGUCGCGUCGGUCACGUGGACUUUUGUGUCAACGGCGGCAAGGUGCAACCCUUCUGCGAGGACAGGGAGAUGUUCAAUUUGUGCAGUCACGUGUGGUCCGUUUGCUUUAUGGCGCAAAGCAUAGAGGACGAUGGGUCGAGUAUGAUGGCCGAGUCCUGCUCCAGAAGAUGCCCCUCGGGUCCAAGGACCACCGCCAGGGCGGGAGAAUACGUAAAAAUGGGGCAACACACUCCAGUCAACAUUAGAGGAUCCUUCUGCUUCAACGAAAUUAAUCCGCCAUAUUGUCCGAAAUAUUGGAAGGGUCGCGGUGAUGAGAGAUGCUGCGUACCUGAAUUAUCGAGUAACGAAGAAAUAGAAGAGAACGACGUAAAGUACGAUAAUAUGACGGAACGUGCUAAAUUUACGAAACGAUUGCACUUUGAGCUUGACUUAAGACGGCCAAGAUAUGUUAAGUAAGAACAAUUA